AUGUCGUCGAACUACUAUCAAUUCUUUGUGCGGCAGAUUAGGAAACCCUUGAUCAACAAAACUCAGUCCCAGCUUCCAGAGGACGCAGUUCUUCCUAUCAGUUUCAAACGCUACAACUCAUCACACACCAUUUGGGCUUCGGAAGAUGAUGAAGAAAUAGAUAUCUCACAACCACCAGUUCUAACAGCUAAAGAAACCAUUACAAAGGUCCCUCGUGCAGAGCUAUUGUCUGAUAGGAGGGCGUCCACCGUGCUCAUGUCUGAGGUUCUUUCCCGCAUGGACGUCCCGGAAAGGAAGCAAAAAGUCAUCUUAAAAGAUAUAUUUCAGGUGCUCGAAUCCACCACCACCGAGCUGCCUAUUCAUGUGGGCAUCAAUCGUAUAACUUUCCGACUUGGAUAUAUUAGGGAUCGAUCCAAUGAGAUGAUUCAGAGGGUGACAAAUGAAUCCAUGGCUACGUACGAGGCCAGGCCUAUUCCUGCAUCUAAAUCGUUCAUCAAAGAUUUGGAGAGAGUGAGUCUUGAUGAUUCUGAUAAUGUAAAAGAGUCGUGUGUUAUUUGUAUGGAGUGUUUUGAGGUUGGCGUUCAAGCGAUUCGUUUGCCUUGUUCACACUUUUUCCAUGAAGAGUGCAGUGUCCAGUGGCUCAUGACCAGUCACUUGUGUCCUUUGUGCCGAUACCCAAUGCCUUGUGAAGAAGAUUAA